AUGCAGGAUGAGCGUGUCUCGUCACGCGAACCGUGAGUGCCCCUCUAGCAUUGUAUUAUAUACUCAAUCGCAACCCGUAGGACAAUGAGCCUUGGGCUCAGUGUAGGGCGUCGGGAGUCUAACGCCAGACUGUGGGAUCAGGCAUCAGAAGCUACAAAACCUGGGGUUGGGUAUAGCUGGCUGAUGGCGGCUAAUAAACCAGAAAUGGGCACGCAGUUAUCUCCGUCUUUGUCGAAAAUCUUGUUCUACGUAUACACAUAUAUGCAUAAAUUUAAAAAUGGGCAUCACAAGAAGCAAUAUUUGAAAGAAAUAAGUUUUUCGGGAAAGGCAACGAAAUUUGGAACAUAAACAUGUAUAUGUAUAACGCGAAUCCUCAUAUUACCUUGUAUAUUUCUGGAACGUAUUCUUCCUGGUCCUUUCGCAAUGAGGAAAAAAAGAAAACGACCCAAAUGAAAUGCGUUGAAAUAAUAAAAGUUAUUGGUCAUAACAAUCAACGUUUUUCAUUAACUACGUAUUCUCAUAGGGCUUGGAAAUAAACGAAGAGUCAAGCGAAUUCCGCGCGUUCAAUCGACCGCGCAACAUGCACGGUAAGCAGAUCCGGUGUGGUAUGUCAGAAUAUAACUUUGGCAACGGUACUGAGAAGGAACCCAUUUACCUGUCGGUAGACUGUGGAUCCUGUCAUGUGGGGUUUACUCUUGGCAUGCAUUUUCAGGCUGUUACGGAAAUUACGCUGCCAACAACGAUUACAUCCCACAACCUCACACCUUAACUCAAAAUCCUUUAUUUUGUGAAGUUUACUUUUUGUUUAUUGCUUGAUUACUACUCUUAUUUCUGUCGUCGUACAAUAGCGUAGAAUAAGAUUUCUGUCAUCAGUCCAGGCAGUUUCUGUGUUUUUUCCAUUUCACCAGCUUAUCGCCUGCGUGAUGCCCCACCCCUAAAAUUCCCUUUACCAUGAAUCACGUAUGGCACGAUCCAGUCUACUGACAGUUAAGUGGGAUCCUUUUCUAUACAGUUUCCUUAAAUUUUGCUUAAUCAUGAGUGCACUCGCACGUUACAAAUCGCUUCCGACUCCACACCAAUUUAAAAUUAACAGCUUUCAAACGGGAAAAUGCCUUAGUUAACUGCGCGGCCAGAAAGGAUUAAUUAAUCUAAGAAUGUAAGAGGUCAAUUUCUCCGAAAAAUCUCCAUGCCAACUAUGCUAUUAUUUCGCAAGCUGCUGCAGAUUACCAAUUCUUCGGUAAUCAGGCUGAUUGUCAACAUUCUCUUCGACAAAAAUAUAAAGUCAAAAUUCAGAAGAAUGUACUCUUUUCGAUUACACUUUCUCGGUCACACUGUGACAGAACUAGGUGGUUCAGGCUAAUUCUACUGCGCAGGGGCAAGUGGACAUUAGAUAGAUCUCGUCAUAUUGCGUAAAUCCCAGCAACAGUACCUUUGUCGUAAAACCGCAUUCUGACACAACCGCGACUGCCGUGAAGUCGACUAAAGUAAGGCUGACUACUUACUAGAAUUGGUUUCAGUCCGAAGAAGACGAGCUGGCGAGCACACGUUUGCUUUCGAUAAAUUAUCUUCAGGCCAAUACAAUAAUAUGAGAAGGGGUACAGUCAAACGAAAUUUUUCGAAAGCAAAACGAACGUUUAAAGCAUCUAAACUUCGAGCCAGAUGAAUCCGUGGUAUUCUCUGAUGUCGUUUUACUCUUCAACUACAUUCCAAAAAAACUAGCGACUGAAGUUGUGAGACAACUCCUGGCUGAUCGCGACAACGAGAGGACAAUCUCCUGAAGUCCAAAAAUCUGAUCGGGCACUUACGCUGUUGUCUAGAAACAUAUUUCACCUUUGGUGAACAAAUGUAUGAACAGAUCAAAGGUACCCACAUGGACUCCCCUAUGUCAGGCUGAUUGCUGAAGUGGUCCUUCAACGAGUAAAACACUUGGUGUUCACUAAGUAUCAACCAAAGAGUACUGACUUCAGUGGUAGGGGGCGCUCACCGAUCGUUCAUACGGAACUCACUCGUUCCGUUGUGCCUUAUGGACUCUCUCUCGAGCCCAACCAGCAGACGCACAGCGGCGCAUGAUAUAUAGGCAGAAUGGUAUUACCGACGAUCGAAAACCGACAAGGCAACGGGCUCGUGGCCCGGUGAGUAUAGGCGUGGACUUCUAAACCAACAGGUCGCGAGUUCGAGGCUAGGGUGUUCCACACUUCGGGCUUGGGUAUGGCUAGCUGACGACGGCUAAUAAGUCAGAAAUGGCCAUUCCAGUCUCCCUUGUCUUUGUCGGUAAUACCAUUCUGCCAGUACUGACUUUGUUACGUCGGUGACAGCUUCGACAUCGUCAAAUCCUCUGAUGCGGAGCGCCUUAAAGAAUUACUGGACUCAGUUGACCCGAAUAUCCAAUCCGCAAUGGAAGCCGAAACUAACGACCAACUCCCCUUCCUCGAGGCUGUUGUGCGCCGGUGUGCAAGUGGGCAACUGAAAACUACCGUUUUCAGAAAAGCCACCAAAGCAAGACAAAUAUUAUACCUCAAUAGCGAUCAUCCCCUCUCACUAACUCAGCUGCGUCCGUACUCAAUCCCAAAGGGGUUGAAACACACUACAGCAUACCAACCGAUAAAAGGGCUGCACGACAAUUUCUUCACGACCUCUUCCAGACCAAUGGAUAAAAAAGCUAUUUUAAUUAAGCAAAGUACCGAGUGAGCAGACGACGGCCAUAUGAAGAACAACCCGAUGUCUGGAGGACUAUUCCUUACAUUAAGGGCGUCUCCGAGGCGGUUUCAUGACUAUUACAACCCGCCAGAGUAGACGUUGCCCAUCGACCCUUGACAACAAUUCGUCGCCGUCCGAUGCAACCAAAAGACACUGCUGCCCACUGAAACCUCAGCAGUUGACUACCAAAUCGGCUGUAACAAUGGAGACUGCAAAUAGUUGGGGAAACCGGACGAAAUUGUAGACGCGUCUACAUGAGCACAAACUGGUAACUCGAAGACUAAACUCGAGCUCACAGCUUGCAACUCACAUCGGAGAAACUGGUUACAGUUUUGAAUUUUAAGGAGCAACCGUCUUAAGCCGGACCAUCUCAAGGGCAAAACUUCUUACACUCAAGACUUGGUACUCAGAUGCCAAUUCCAUCAACAGGCAUCUAGACCUUCCUGUAGCCCAUAAAUUCCUACUUCGAUACAUACGUCAUGACCAGGACAAGAUAGUCAUACGGAAUCUAGAAAUACCGAGCAAGAACGGCCCGUCGACUAAUUUACUCAAAAGGAGAGUACAGGUGCAACCGAACUCCAUUGAGGUGACUACACACAGCGCAGGAGGCCGCCAACAUUCAUCGAAAACGGCCAGAAGGCAAAAGUAGCGAAAGAAGAGAAGAUCGAUCAGCUCAAGGUCAACCAAUUCAAUCGUUUAUUUGAAAUUCUGGUCGAUUUUCACAAAAAACGCUUUCAUAAUGGAGAGCCAGCCAAGCCCUCUGAAACGUCUGCUACACAAUUCCCCUGAUCCGGUGAGCCACCCACAUUUCUUAGAUUAUCGGCCCGGAUCUCUUACAUCUGCUAACCUAAUCUCAGUGAUUAAAAAGUCGAUAAAAGUUAGUUUUAAAACACAGGCGGGGCGAGAGAGAAAGGGCACGGAAGGUUAAAUGUGGUUAAUCAACCUUUGACCACGGUAAGCGUGGAGCCUGAAUGACGUUCCUCUGCACGCAUAGGGUCACUUUUCGUAAGCUGAUUGCGACCGCUUCUGCUGUUGCCAACAGACGUUGGGCCAGUAACUUGGGAUGGCUCGAGGGGACCUCCUUGAUGCUGUGCGUUGAACGCAUUUUCAUAGCUUAUCGUGCCAAACACCGGACUAGAUUUCUUUGUUGUUGAAGGAGUGCGAAACUGUCGAAAUCCGAUGUUUGACACAAAGAGCUAGAAUAAUGUGUUCAACAGACAGCAUCAAGGAGGAGCUUUGAGAAAUGCAGGGUUUGCUUUGCAAAAACGGGUGUCCUGACAGGUUUAUUACAAAUAAUGCUGCGAACGACCGAUAAACCCCACCAUACUGACGGCCAGGAAGAAAAGUUUGUUCCUCAAAGUUCUUUUCAAGGAGAUUCUGUGAAGGAACUCCUAAGAAGACGCCAUGAUGAGGCUGUCUCGCGAACAUUCCCGGCAGCAGGGAUUAGAAUAUUAUUGUUUACGAACCCUAUUUCACGCGGACGUGAGAAUAGGUUGCCAACUCAGACCACCUCAGUGUGCAUCUAUUCUUUCACUUGCUCCUGUGGAGCAGGUUAAUUGGUUUUACGAGUCGGCGUCUAUCAAAAAGCUUACGAGAACAUCUCCACACAUAGUUGGAGAAAGGCGAAAUUAGGAGCAUAAGUAAUGUCAUUCUUGCGCGUGCAGUUGAUUCAAAACAUCGUGUGGACCCUAGCGAAGCUUUUCGUGUGAUUUAUAAGGUCCCCUCGGGCCAUCCUAAACUACUGGCCCAGCGUCUGUUGGCGACAGCAGAAGCGGUCGCAAUCAGCUUACGACAAGCGACCCUAUGCGCGCAGAGGAACCUCGUUUGGGCUCUGCGCUCACCCUGGUCAAAGGUGGACUAAUUACAUGCAACUUUCCCUGCCCCUUCACUCUCACCCCGCCUGUGUUUUUUAAACUAACUUUUAUCAAUUUUACAGACACUGAUAUGUUUGGCUGUAUCGCCUUUUUAUCUAAAUAUACUGGCCUAAGGAGAAUAAAUCGAAAGUAAACAUAAACUCGCCAACUCAUUUUUUGAAUACUGCUACGGAGAUUUUCGCAGCCCUAAAGCACUCACAGUUAUAAACUUCAGUAUUGAAGAGAAAAUUGGAUGGAUUAAUGAUCAGCGGUGGGCUCAACAUUAAGCGAAUCACAGAGCGAGAGGGAGAGACGGGCGUAACACUGGUAUCACCCACUUUUCACAGACUUCGGUGCAAUAGCCAACUUAUCACCAGCCUACGCUUGUAAUAACAUGACCUCCUCCUCCCUCUCCUCCUCCUCCUCCUCCUCCUCCUCCUCCUCCUCUUCCUCCUCUGGAGAGGGACAUAUCCUGCCUCGUUACUGUGUCCAGAGCAGCCCCAUAUAG